GAGACACUAGGAGGGAGAAGGGCAGGGGAAGCGCUGUAGCUUCCUUCCAUCACUAAAGCAAUAACCUAUUAGGAUUUUCUUUGGCACCUAUCACCCCAGAGAUGCAAAGAAGGAGAGAGAAGCAUCAACCAGCCCAACUCUGACAUUUCUAAUAAGAACUUACAGACUUAACAUGCCUGCCUCUCUACACUGAGGAGACAGGAAUGGAAAAUGUGUGCAGUGUAGAGUGGAAAAUACCCCUGAUCUAAAGAAGUGUACUGGGUUUUGUGCUUGCCUGUUGGUUGCGGUGGUGUAUGCACGUUAAGCACCAGAAGGAUCGUCGCCGGAUAGAAAUGAAACGUGGAGAGGAUGACUAACGACAGAACUGUGAAUUUUGUCUCUGGAGUUGCUAAUUUCCCACCCCGAAGCAACACAUUUCGCAAAGAGCAAGCGUUUGGCUGCUGCUGAUUUCUCCAAAACUGGUGGUUUAGCAGAUGCUUUGUGCUGUAUGUGUUGGAACAGAUCCUUGCUGAGCCGCAGCAGAUCGGCAAAGGUACACAACCAGUUUGCUGUCUCCAAAUAAGAAAUGAGAUGUAAUGCAUCCUGCAGUCCAUGCACGCCUCCUCUUGCAAAUCGUGCACCAUUCCUCUGUGGAAAUCUUUAAAUCCUAAAAUCCAGAAAAAGAGAAUAAACACAUUAUCAUGGACCUGAGGGAUUUUUACCUGUUGGCUGCUCUGAUUGCCUGUUUAAGGCUGGAUUCAGCUAUAGCUCAAGAACUUAUUUACACUAUUAGAGAGGAGCUGCCUGAAAAUGUACCCAUAGGAAACAUACCAAAGGAUCUGAACAUUUCUCACAUCAGUGCUGCCACAGGGACCAGCGCCAGCCUCGUCUACAGACUGGUUUCUAAAGCAGGGGAUGCCCCUUUGGUCAAAGUGUCCAGCACCACUGGGGAAAUCUUCACCACCUCUAAUAGAAUAGACAGAGAAAAACUCUGUGCUGGAGCCUCCUAUGCUGAAGAAAAUGAGUGCUUUUUUGAACUUGAAGUGGUUAUUCUCCCCAAUGACUUUUUUAGGCUGAUCAAAAUAAAAAUCAUUGUAAAAGAUACCAAUGACAAUGCACCUAUGUUUCCAUCUCCUGUCAUCAAUAUUUCCAUACCUGAAAACACGUUGAUCAAUAGCCGCUUUCCAAUUCCAUCAGCAACUGAUCCUGACACAGGUUUCAACGGUGUACAGCACUAUGAAUUGUUAAAUGGGCAGAGUGUCUUUGGACUGGAUAUUGUUGAAACUCCGGAAGGAGAGAAAUGGCCUCAACUGAUCGUACAGCAAAACUUGGAUAGAGAGCAGAAGGACACCUAUGUGAUGAAAAUCAAAGUAGAGGAUGGAGGAACCCCUCAGAAAUCCAGCACAGCCAUACUGCAAGUCACAGUAAGUGAUGUCAAUGAUAACAGACCCGUUUUUAAAGAGAGUCAGGUGGAGGUUCACAUACCAGAGAAUGCCCCAGUAGGCACCUCUGUAAUUCAGCUUCAUGCUACAGAUGCAGAUGUAGGAAGCAAUGCAGAAAUCAGAUAUAUUUUUGGUGCCCAAGUUGCCCCUACAACAAAAAGGCUGUUUGCUUUAAAUAACACAACAGGGCUGAUUACAGUUCAGAGGUCCUUAGAUCGAGAAGAGACUGCUAUUCACAAAGUGACAGUGCUGGCCAGUGAUGGUAGCUCUACUCCUGCUCGGGCAACUGUUACCAUCAAUGUCACUGAUGUAAACGAUAACCCUCCUAACAUAGACCUCAGGUACAUUAUAAGUCCCAUCAAUGGCACAGUAUACUUAUCUGAGAAAGAUCCUGUCAAUACAAAGAUUGCCCUAAUUACAGUUUCAGAUAAGGACACUGAUGUGAAUGGCAAAGUGAUCUGUUUCAUUGAGAGAGAGGUCCCAUUUCACUUGAAGGCAGUUUACGACAACCAGUAUUUGUUAGAGACCUCUUCCUUGUUGGACUAUGAGGGCACCAAAGAAUUCAGCUUUAAAAUUGUUGCCUCUGAUUCUGGCAAACCCAGUUUGAACCAGACUGCACUGGUAAGAGUUAAACUGGAGGAUGAAAAUGACAACCCUCCAAUUUUCAGCCAGCCUGUAAUUGAGCUGUCAGUUUCUGAAAACAACCGUCGUGGUCUAUACUUAACAACUAUUAGUGCCACAGAUGAAGACAGUGGGAAAAAUGCAGACAUUGUUUAUCAGCUUGGCCCUAAUGCUUCCUUUUUCGAUCUGGAUCGAAAGACGGGAGUUUUGACAGCCUCCAGAGUUUUUGACAGAGAAGAGCAAGAACGUUUCAUUUUCACUGUAACAGCAAGGGACAACGGCACCCCUCCUCUGCAGAGUCAAGCGGCUGUAAUUGUUACUGUGCUGGAUGAAAAUGACAACAGUCCCAAAUUUACUCAUAAUCACUUUCAGUUUUUUGUAUCUGAGAAUUUACCAAAGUAUAGCACUGUGGGAGUGAUCACAGUGACUGAUGCAGAUGCAGGGGAAAAUAAAGCAGUGACCCUUUCCAUCCUGAAUGAUAAUGAGAACUUUGUGCUGGAUCCUUACUCUGGAGUUAUAAAGUCCAAUGUUUCUUUUGAUCGAGAACAGCAGAGCUCGUACACCUUUGAUGUCAAGGCCAUUGAUGGAGGACAACCUCCUCGCUCUUCUACAGCAAAAGUAACAAUAAAUGUCAUGGAUGUUAAUGAUAACAGCCCAGUUGUCAUCUACCCACCUUCUAAUACUUCUUUUAAGUUGGUGCCACUCUCAGCAAUCCCAGGCUCUGUUGUAGCAGAAGUAUUUGCUGUGGAUAUAGACACUGGAAUGAAUGCUGAACUUAAAUAUACAAUUGUAAGUGGAAAUAACAAAGGUUUAUUUCGUAUUGAUCCAGUGACAGGUAAUAUUACUCUGGAAGAAAAACCAGCUCUUACUGAUGUGGGGCUGCAUCGUUUAGUGGUCAACAUAAGUGACUUGGGUUAUCCUAAAUCCUUGCAUACUCUUGUGCUUGUAUUUUUGUAUGUAAAUGACACUGCUGGAAAUGCCUCUUAUAUUUAUGACUUGAUACGCAGGACUAUGGAAACACCCUUGGACCGGAACAUAGGGGACAGUAGCCAACCCUAUCAAAAUGAGGACUAUCUUACUAUCAUGAUUGCUAUAGUGGCAGGUGCUAUGGUUGUGAUAGUGGUGAUAUUUGUCACGGUUCUGGUUCGCUGUCGACAUGCAUCUAGGUUCAAAGCGGCACAAAGGAGCAAGCAAGGUGCUGAAUGGAUGUCUCCCAAUCAGGAGAACAAACAGAACAAGAAAAAGAAAAGGAAGAAAAGGAAGUCUCCUAAAAGUUCUCUUUUAAACUUUGUUACCAUUGAGGAGUCGAAACCUGAUGAUGCUGUCCAUGAACCUAUCAACGGGACAAUAAGCCUUCCAGCUGAGCUGGAGGAGCAAAGUAUAGGAAGAUUUGACUGGGGCACAGCACCACCAACAACCUUUAAGCCUAACAGUCCUGAUCUUGCUAAGCAUUACAAAUCUGCCUCUCCACAGUCCGCUUUUCAUCUUAAACCUGACACUCCAGUAUCAGUGAAAAAGCAUCAUGUGAUUCAGGAACUUCCGUUGGACAACACCUUUGUUGGUGGUUGUGACACCCUUUCCAAACGCUCUUCCACUAGUUCAGAUCACUUCAGUGCCUCAGAGUGCAGUUCCCAAGGAGGCUUCAAGACAAAGGGCCCCUUACACACCAGACAGUCCCAGCGCCGUGUUACGUUUCACCUCCCUGAUGGCUCCCAGGAAAGCUGCAGUGACAGUGGUCUAGGAGACCAUGAGCCUGUGGGUAGUGGAACCCUGAUCUCACACCCUCUCCCUCUGGUUCAGCCACAGGACGAAUUCUACGACCAGGCCUCACCGGACAAGAGGACUGAAGCUGAUGGCAACUCUGACCCCAACUCCGAUGGGCCUCUUGGUCCACGAGGAUUAGCUGAAGCUACAGAGAUGUGUACUCAAGAAUGCCUGGUUUUGGGACACUCAGAUAACUGUUGGAUGCCUCCCAGCCUGGGUCCAUACCAGCAGGCAAAGUCUCCUCUCUCCACCUUUGCACCUCAGAAAGAAUGGGUUAAGAAGGACAAACUAGUGAAUGGACACACGUUGACAAGAACCUGGAAAGAAGAUAGCAACAGAAACCAGUUCAGUGACCGAAAGCAGUAUGGUUCUGGUGAGGGCCAUUUCAACACUGGCAAUCACAUGACUGACAUUCCUUUGGCUAACUUGAAGUCUUAUAAACAGGCCUCAGGACCUGCUGAGAGUCCAAAAGAGCACCAGCUAUAAGAAAUGGCUACUUUGGAUCAAUGACUUUAGUCUACUUAGACUUGCUAAUACUGUGCGUGUGUGUGUGUGUGUGUCAGAGCUUUAUGUACUGGGUAGACCUCUACAACUAUGCUUCACAUAGCAGAAAUAUACAUAUCUUUGUGUUAGCCCAAUGGAAAGUAUAAUGUUCUGCAACACAAAAGAGUGUUUCUUCUAGUUGUGUGGUUUUGUUAAAGAGACAUGAUUAAACUCUGCAGAGAUCUCUCCAGUUUGCAAAUAUCCUUUUUGUUUGUUUGUUUUUUGACCCUGGACUGCUGCUACAAACAACGGAAGAUGCAUUUGGAGAGUGAUAGACCAAGAGAGAGAGUUCAGUGGAUUAUAAUGAUUGAAAAGCAUAUCCAGUUAGAAAAUUGUGCUCUUGCUGUCAUUGAUCUGUGCUGGGACUGCUAUACUUGAUAUCAUACCGCAAACAAAACAACUAAAACUAUAAAUAUUAAACCUAUUGUGCUAUUAACAACAUUAGUGGACACUUGUAAGUCAAUCAGUGUUCAAAAUACUUGUAAAUAGGAACAAUUAUUACUAACAAAAUUUGUGUACUUAUAAUGUUCACCUAAAAAGGAUACUGUAGCAUAAUUCUUUGUUUCACAGUUGCUUUUUACUUUCUUUCAUUUGCUUCCUGUUGUUUUGUUUUUAAUUUCAGUGAUGGUGUUUCUGUGUUAGUAGUCUGUCUGACACACAAAGUUCCAAGGAACUCAAAACACUUGUGUUUAAAAAAUAAACCAAACAAAAAACCUCUUGCUUCUGUUUAACAGCAGAUGAUGCUGGCAUUCUAGUAAGCAGAGCUGUUUGCAAAUAUUAAAAAACAAAAGGAUUUACGCAAGGGCUUUAAACUUUAAUAACUUUAAUUUCACUUCCAUUCUGUUUUGCAAAGCAGAGGAACUUAAAAAAAAGAAGUUAGCUAUGUGGGUGGUGGCAAAGGAGCGUCAGAUGGCAUUUAUUUAGGAACCCUGAUCAGUUAACUGUCAUAUCACAAUUAAUGAAAAGUAACAUUGAGCUAAUCUGGAGUAGGAGAAGGGAAAUUUGGAGAAACAAAAUACAAGGAUCAUUUUCUUUCCAAUUGGGCAAGUGUGUGUCUAUACCUAAGACAGUUUGUAUUGCUGAAAAAGCGGCAUUUGUGUUGAUCCUCAUCUGCGUUAAUGUUGUAGUAACACAUGUGUUUUUAGACCAUAGCCACAGAAUAUUUAAUGUGUUGUGCCUUCAUGAUGUAACAGAGCAUUCUCCUGGUAGGCUAGUUGGGGAAACUAAGGGUUAAAACUCUAAUUAUUGCUGUUUAACUGUUUGUUAUCAUAGUUGGUCAAUGCCUGGCAGGUACCGGCGUCAUGUCACUUCAGUCAAACCGGCAGAGUGACUCUUACUAUUAAUAAGAUCUAAGUUGCACGUAAAACAAAUCCAAAUCUGGACAUUCAUAGGCGGUUUUUGUUAAGGCAUGACAGAUGAUUUAAACAAAUAAAUAGCAUGCAGAAAAAAAUAAGAAA